AUGGCCUCAUCCUCCCCCGCGCACAUGCUGUCCAACCCGUACCUCUACCUCUACACCUUCGGGAGCUUCAGCAACGGCCUCUUCAUCAGUCUCCGUGGACCCAUCAUACCGGAGCUGGCGACGCGUGUCGGAGCCUCCUCUCCGGCUGCCUUGGGGACGUAUCUAGGCAUCGGGGGGGUUUCGGGGGGUGUUUUCGCGAUCCCCACGGGCUUGCUCCUCGACAGGGUGGACCCUCACGCGGUGUUCGCGGCGGGAUGCGUCCUGAGGGCCCUCUCCGUCGGCGCCAUGCCGCUCUGCACCGCGAUCUGGCAGGUCAACGCGCUGGCGGUGGCGCAGGGCGCGACGCUGCCCAUGAUUGGCGUAUCCAUCCGCGUCUGCCUCGUCCGCGUGUUCCACGAGCGAUGCGCGGCGGCCCUCAACUUCACCAUGGGCGCCUUCGGGCUCGCGUCCAUCGUCGCACCCCUCGCGUUCGCGGCGCUCGACGCGGCCAUGCCGGUCCACGGCGCGGGCUUCGACGCAACCUUCGCCGCGUGCGCCGCGUGCUACGUCGCGUUGGCGCUCGUCGCGUCCGUCGCCAAGACGCCGGACGCGGCGGAUGACGGGGACGACGACGACGGGUCCCGGAACGGUGGGUCCCGGAUCGUCGGGGACGAGCUCGGGGACGAGAUACCCAUCCUGGGGGCAAGUUUAGACGGGGCGCGUUUGGACGCGGAGGGCGGGGCGGGGGAACGUGAUCGGGGUCGAGUCGACGCGUCCGUCGCCGCGCCGCUGACCGUCCUGGCGCCGAUGGUGGCAUACAUGGCGUUGAACGUGGCCGGGGAGGUGACGUUCGGGUCGUGGAUAUUCACCGUGGCUCGAGCGCGAGAGGGGCUCUCCGUGUCGACGGCGGCGGCGCUCACGUCUACGUUUUGGGCGUGUUUCACCGCCACGAGGUUCGCGCUGGGGCUAGUCCCGGACCUGCGCCCGCUCACGGCGCUCGCGUGGUCGCACGUCGCGGCGCUGAGCGCGCUGGCGACGCUCGCGACGUACUGGUCCACGCCCGGCGACGCGUCGGGCGGGUGGGCGCUGUGGACGCUCACCGGCGUCGUCGGCGCCGGCACCGCGGGACUGUUUCCCAACGGCAUAGCGCAGGGUUCGCGCAUGUUCAAUCUCACGGGCUUGCGUCAGGCGCUCUUCGAGCUCGGCGCGGCGACCGGGGCGGGCGUAGGGCCGUUCCUCGCGGCGAGAUGGUACGCCGAGAGCGGAGAGGAGGCGUGGACGAUGGCCGCGUCGUGCGCCGGCUUUUUGGCCGCGGGGGCUGUCACGCUCGGCUCGGCGCUCGUCGCCGACGUGCGUGCGAGGGGUGGCGCGAGACGAGCGCGUGCGAGCGGCAACGAGGGGUCGUCUUCGGAGGCGACGGCGCCGGAGAUGCGACGACCGCUCCUGGACGGGGAGGUCGGGGAUGGGGACGACGGGGGGUUCCCGUGA